GAUGUCAAUGAACAAUGCACCAAAUGUAUUCUUGGAUCCAAAUGCAAAUCGGUUUCAAGUUAACAUUAUUAAUGAAGACCAUGACAACAAUGAAACAACCCAAGAGGAUGUAGGCUCUGACCCACCACAUUAUGAAGAAACAUCUUUCACUGAUGAAACACAUAACAGACUAAGAAUCAGUUAUAGACCAGGAAAAAGAGAAUUAUAUGACAAUUUCCGGCAAAAUGGGGAGAAAACAGAAGCUAGUUUACAUCCCUAUGACACUCACAGUAAAAUGUAUUAUCUACAAACUUUUGGCCAUAACACAAUGGACCCAGUUCCCAAAAUUGAUUAUUAUAGAAACACUGGCAGCAUCAGUGGAAAUAAGCUCAGCAGACCAAGCUUAUUAGAAAUUCAUGAACAACUGGCAAAGAACAUUGCUGUGAGCACCGGCUCAGUCGAGAGAGUGGCGAAUGGAGAAAGCACUGCUGGAGAUGAGACAGCAGGCAGCAAAGACGAGGAAAACAAAACAGGAUUUGUCAAGUUCGGAUGGGUAAAGGGUGUGCUGGUAAGAUGCAUGCUUAAUAUCUGGGGUGUGAUGCUCUUUAUUCGUCUUUCCUGGAUUGUAGGUCAAGCAGGAAUUGGUCUUGGAGUAAUCAUAAUUCUUCUCGCCACGAUGGUAACCUCAAUUACUGGGUUGUCAACUUCUGCAAUAGCAACUAAUGGGUUUGUCCGUGGAGGUGGAGCAUACUAUCUUAUCUCAAGAAGUCUGGGCCCAGAGUUUGGUGGAUCUAUAGGACUUAUCUUUGCAUUUGCGAAUGCAGUGGCAGUUGCCAUGUAUGUAGUUGGAUUUGCUGAAACAGUUGUAGAACUUCUUAAGGAGAGUGAUACACUGAUGGUAGAUGAGUCCAAUGACAUCAGAAUCAUAGGGACCAUCACUGUGGUGUGUCUUCUUGGCAUCUCUGUUGCUGGCAUGGAAUGGGAAGCAAAGGCUCAAGUUAUUCUUCUAAUUGUUCUCCUUAUUGCCAUUGCAAAUUUCUUUAUUGGGACAGUCAUUCCUACCAACACUGAGAAGAAGGCAAGAGGCUUUUUUAAUUACCAAGCAUCAAUAUUUGCAGAAAACUUUGGACCAGAUUUCAGAAGUGGAGAAGGAUUUUUUUCAGUGUUUGCCAUUUUUUUCCCAGCUGCUACUGGCAUUCUUGCAGGAGCCAAUAUCUCAGGAGAUCUGAAAGACCCACAAAGUGCCAUACCCCAGGGAACAAUGCUGGCCAUUCUGAUCACCACAAUUGCUUACAUUGCUGUUGCAAUCUGUGCAGCCUCCUGUGUUGUAAGAGAUGCUACCGGGAACGUCAAUGAUACAAUUGUACCUGGAAUGAGCUGCAAUGGAUCAUCUGCCUGUGGCCUAGGCUAUGAUUUUUCCAGAUGUGCAAGUCAGCCAUGUGAUUAUGGGCUGAUGAAUAAUUUUCAGGUGAUGAGCAUGGUGUCUGGCUUUGGUCCUCUCAUCACAGCUGGCAUCUUCUCAGCUACUCUGUCAUCAGCUCUAGCAUCUCUUGUCAGCGCACCCAAAGUUUUCCAGGCUCUUUGCAAGGACAACGUCUACAAAGGGCUAGAAUUCUUUGCGAAAGGAUAUGGAAAAAACAACGAGCCUAUCAGGGGAUAUGUCCUCACUUUUGUGAUCGCCAUGGCAUUCAUUUUGAUUGCUGAACUGAAUACCAUAGCUCCCAUCAUCUCCAAUUUCUUCCUGGCUUCAUAUGCUUUGAUUAAUUUCUCCUGCUUUCAUGCCUCAUAUGCAAAAUCUCCAGGUUGGAGACCUGCAUUCAGAUAUUAUAACAUGUGGGUGUCACUUUUUGGAGCCCUGCUGUGCUGUGGGGUGAUGUUUGUCAUCAACUGGUGGGCAGCUCUCAUCACUUAUGCCAUUGAGCUCUUCCUAUAUAUUUAUGUAACAUAUAAGAAGCCAGAGGUAAACUGGGGCUCCUCUACGCAGGCUCUGUACUUUGUUAAUGCCUUAGACAGCGCUCUGGCAUUAACGACAGUGGAAGACCACGUUAAAAACUUCAGACCCCAGUGCCUAGCAUUAACAGGAGCUCCUAUGGUCAGGCCUGCUCUGCUGGACAUCACCCAUGCCUUCACGAAGAACAACGGGCUGUGUAUCUGCUGUGAAGUGUACACGGGACCACGCAAGCUGUGUGUUAAGGAGAUGAACAGUGGCAUGGAAAAAAAGCAGGCCUGGCUCACAAAGAACAAAAGAAAAGCCUUUUAUGCAGCAGUGGCAGCUGACAGCUUCAGAGAUGGAGUCAAAAGUCUACUUCAAGCCUCAGGCUUGGGUAGAAUGAAACCCAACACCCUGGUAGUCGGAUUUAAGAAGGACUGGAGAAGUGCACCUGCCACUCAAGUUGAGAACUAUGUGGGCAUUAUACAUGAUGCCUUUGAUUUUGAGCUCGGUGUAAUUAUCAUCAGAAUUAGCCAAGGAUUUGAUAUAUCUCAGGUCCUUCAGGUUCAAGAGGAAUUAGAGAAACUGGAGCAGGAGAGAUUGGCACUCGAAGCCACCAUUAAAGAAAAUGAUUUUGAAGAAGGAAAAAGGGGCAUCUGUGGAUUCUUCAAAAAAGCCAGCACAUUGAAUAUCUCAAAACACGAAACAAAGAAGGAGAGCACCAUUAACACCAUGCAGUCAAUGCACGUGGGUGAAUUCAAUCAGAGGCUGCUAGAAGCCAGCACUCAAUUUAAGAAGAAGCAAGGAAAAGGUACAAUUGACAUUUGGUGGCUGUUCGAUGAUGGAGGUCUAACAAUCCUAAUUCCUUACAUUCUAACUAUCAGGAAGAAGUGGAAGAAUUGUAAAUUAAGGAUCUUCACUGGAGGAAAAGUCAACAGGAUUGAAGAAGAAAAACUAGUGAUGGCUUCACUCCUAAGCAAAUUCAGAAUAAAAUUUGCUGAUAUUAAUAUCAUUUGUGAUAUCAAUAUAAAGCCCAACAAAGAGAGCUGGAAAUUCUUUGAAGAGAUGAUUGAACCAUAUCGCCUGCACGAAAGCUGCAAAGAUAUCACAACUGCUGAGAAAUUAAAGCGAGAGGCUCCAUGGAAAAUUACAGAUGCAGAGCUGGAAGCAUUCAAGGAGAAGAGUUAUCGCCAAGUCCGUCUGAAUGAACUCUUACAAGAGCACUCGAGAGCAGCCAACCUCAUUGUCCUGAGCCUCCCUGUGGCAAGAAAAGGAGCAGUGUCUGAUUACCUGUACAUGGCUUGGCUAGAAAUUCUCUCCAAGAACCUUCCUCCAGUCUUAAUGGUCAGAGGCAACCACAAAAAUGUACUGACUUUCUAUUCUUAG